AUGGCGAAAAAGUGGGUCAAUUUAGGCGGAUUAGGCCGGUCGCGCAGACAGUCCAACCGCAGCUGCGGCGAGGAAGUUACCUGCUUUUCCCUUCGCGCUCCCCGCGGCUUCCGCGCCGACAGCCUUCCCAAAAUCUACUUCCGUGAAGCUCCUAUUGACGUUCCAGAUGUCGUUGCCUCCGAUACUGUCGCUGCAGGCGAAGUCAACGCGGUGAAACAUGCGUCCGACGUGGCGUUAUCCUCCCCUAGUAACUCCCACCCGCGUGGCCCAAGCAGCCGUUCUUCCGCCGACUUAUCCUCAUUCGACCUGCCCAAUCUCGAAUCAGAAGAACCUUCUCCCGCGAAUGAGCCAGUUGCGGGCAGGCGCGGCUCGCCUGACGGAACGCAAACUUGCCCAGAAAGAUCUUUAACGGGCGACGAUGGCGAAUUCGGCUCGCGUCGCGCCAAAACCGUGCCGCUCGAUGCCCAUUCCGCGCAUUCUCGAAGGUUCGGGUCUCGGCGCUCGCUCACAGGCCAGCGGGGAAGCGAGUGGAUAGGCGACGGCACUGUUACUGAAACCACCACUCCUGAGCAGCAUGCGCUCAAGCUUGCGCCGGCAGCGGAGCCCUGUUCCCCGGCGGCUGCCGCGGGGCGUCCUGCGCCGCCCGUUUCCGCAGGACUGAGUCGCUUGAUGGCAGACCUAUACGGCGGCGAGGAGGACGACUCAGUGGCGGAGGGAGAUCUCUACGGCGCCGCGGUUCUCCCCGCUUCUUCGAGUAAGAGUGCUCGUCGCGCAAGCAUUAGCGGCGGAACCGGCGGGUUCGGCGGAAGCAGCAGGAGGAGCGCGUGGGAAGGAGCUGGGGGGGACGACUAUAUUUCAUACCCGGAAGAUCUAUACGCCGUGGCGUUUCGGUCUGGACCGCUGCCGCCGAGCCGGUCGCCGGCCGCUUUCUCUCGCGGCGGCGGCGGCGGCGGAGGUGGCUGCGCCCCUGCUAGGUCCCCCCUGUCGCGGAACGCCACGAUGCACAUGGUUCCGAAGCCACGAUCGCGGCGGACGUUCUCCCAGCCGUCGGAUUUCCCGGGUUUCCAUCAGGAUCUAACGGAAAGCAGCAGCGCGAUCGGCGGGGGCGGUUUCUCUCGACGCUCGUCGACGCAGCCGAAGCUUCGUGCGCCAUAUCCAGAUUUAGCGUUCGCGAUUGACGUCAGAGCGGGCGGCGGACAGGCUUAUCCAGAAGCAUCUAUUCCGGAAGCGUUUACGCCAGAGAGUCUUUGCCGGGGUGUGUCCGUUCGUACCCCCAGUGGGGGUUCGCAUCGAAAAGGGUCUUUUCGGGGACGGCCGAGCGAGGAUUUGGCGAGCCGUUCGACGGACGAUUUGACGGAAAUCUGGAACGACAGCAGCAGGAGAGGCCAGGGAGGGCAGAGGCGGCGUGGAAGCGCAAGCGGCGGGGAGUCUGGGGCCGGCGUAAAGACGCCGGCGGAAGGACAUCGGAGAAUUCCGAGCGGAGCCAGUUACGAUGGGCGCGACGCGGGUGAGAUUGACGACGAUUGGAACGGUGGUGGUUCGAGGGAGGGGUUCGGCUCGUGCGCUGUAACGCCAAGAGGUGGCCGUGUCGCGCGCAGGGCCAACGUGAGUCCGCUCACGAGCCCCCACCCCGGCGCAUCGCAGGCGAGUCCGCUCGUGUCUCCGCACGCGGGCGUUGACCGUGUUGACCUGUUCCAGCACUACCAACAUAAUCGGAACCCUAGAGGAUGGACCAGCCCGCACAUUUCGGCUCAGUCGGUGUCGGGUUCGCAAGCGCCAGCCCUAAAUCCGUUGGUGGAAGGGGAAGCGCAAUCAAAUCAAGCGCGCCGCCGUAGCAUCGAGUGGUCGUCUGGGCGGGUCUGCGGGUCGUCAGCACUCCACGAGCAGCAGCAGCAGCAGCCGGGCGUUUCCGUCCUCUUUAGAGCAUGCCUCAUCUCCUAG